AUGAGCGGUAAGAGUGCUGGGGAGCUGGGCAAAAACCUGCAGGAACUUGAACAACUUAAUAAAGCCAUAGAGGCUAUAAAAAAUGAAGUUGAAGAGAAACAAAAAACUCUGUUGCUGUACACCAGUGGAGCACCACACACAGAAGAUCCUGCCACCAAAGUGGACAGCAACUGCAAUACAGUAGAUGAUGUGGAGGAGAAAAUGCCCACUUCAUCCAAAAAGAUUUCCAGAGCAAAGAGCAGUAACCCAGUUCCCAAAAAAUAUAUCCUUGAUAGAAGCUGUCCAGCCACUGAUUUGGAGUAUGAUCCCUUGCUUAACUAUUCUGCAGGCUUCUUUGCUUCCACUACAAAAGAAAAGGAGACUGACAACAAAAAUAAAUCAAAGCGCAAGUGCGAGGAGGAGUCGGAUAACCUCCCAAAAAGACCAAGGGCUGCAUCUCCGAUCAGGUUAGAAAUAAAGCUUCAAGAGUCCGAUGAUGAAGAUAUGCUGGUCAUUGAUGUUCCUCCACUUCUGGAAGUCUCAAAGAAACCAAGAGCUCAUAACAGAUGUGGACCUAAAGAAGAGCACUUACUGAUAUUUGAUGAUGCAGAAGUAAUAGAAGUAAAAGUUCCUGUCCAUGCUGUGGAAAAUCUUGUGGCUCCAGCAGAACGUACUGUUGAUGUAAAGACCAUUUCUGAACCGUUCCCUCCCAGUAUGGACAUUACUGCUCAUACCAAUGACAAUGGUCAAAUAACUGAAAGUUUUAGCAACUGUGCUUCUUUGGAGCUGGAUCAGUCCUUGGACAUGAAAGAGCUUGAGACAAAGGAGAGACCUGUUACUGUAAGUAGCGAUAGAAAUGUUGAGGAGGCCAUGGCUGUUGGUGUGGAAUCUGACUGUAAAGAUGACUGCCAACCUUUGUACCAAGAAACCUCAUUGACACAGCAAAGUCAGUUCCUCCAUGAUGAUGCAAACAAUGAUAAAGAUAUGGAAGUCCUAAUUUUGGGUGAGAAUAGUACUGAACCAUUAACCGUUGAUGAACAGAAAUGUGAGGCAGUAGUCAGAAGUGUAGAAGAUGAAGUGAUUGUUGUAAAUUCGUCAUCUGACACUGAGGACAGCACCUAUGAAGAAACAGAUGUUUCUGAUUCUGAUGAUCCAAUAGAAGAAUGCCGAAGAAUUUUCAAUGAAUUUACGGAGAGUGAAGCAAGGAAAAAAUCUGCCCAGGUUCAAGAUCAGUCUGAAAAAGAAAUACAAGAAGCAAAGGGAAGUGAUGAAAUUCCUGGCCAAAAGAAGAGGGUUGCUCAUCCAUCUGCAAAAUCUGAGGUGAAGACGAGUAGCACUAUACUUGUACCUUAUAGAGGUACUGCUACACAGCAGAUGCCUCACACAAGGAUAAUAAAUGUGCAACAGCAAGCGUUACAGAUCACAUCUGCUGUUAAAAAUGGCCAGGCUUUUGUAGCCACCUCCCAGAAAAGAGUUGCCAGUUACUCAACCCCAGCCUUUAAUCAUUACAGCCAGAUGGUUUGUCUUAACGUAUUGGAAGUGCAACCUGUUGUGCCUGCUAGAAAUCAACUGGGUGGCAUGUUCCACGGAAGUGCAUGUAUGAAGCCUGUUGUACCACCGAAAAGGACUAUGCCAACACCACCAAUGAAGAUCCCUACUCGUAAAAAACAGUCUGUUACAGUGGAAAGUGGAUGUAAAGUGCCCCAUGAAACCAGACAGCGCUAUGUAAACUCCUUUGUUGAAGAAUUCUUGAAUGAAUCGGCAACUGUUCAGGAAGCUUUUGAGAAGGCUCUAGCAGAAGAAAAGUCAAUUUAUGAAAGAUGUGGAAGUAAAAACAUGUACCUUAAUAUAGCGGUCAACAGCCUCAAAAAAUUAAGAGAUCAGCGAAAUGUUCAGAAAUGUUUGGGGAGGUCUGGCAGCAGAAAGGUGAAAAGUGGAUCAAAACAGCAAGUUGAUAAAAAUGAACUUGCUGGGCCUAUUCUGUACAACCUACUCAAGGACUAUCUUCUCUCCGAAGACCAAUUAAUAGAGAAUGGCUAUCCAAGGCCACACCCUGAUAAACCUGGUAGUGCCCUAGUCCAUUGCAUAGUAACUAAAGCUAUGUGCACGGACGCGUUAAGACGCGUGUGCUGUAGGUGCGGCGAAAGCUAUUCUGUAACACCGCAAGGAAGGCAUGUACGUAAGGAAGAGUGCACCUAUCACUCUGGUAAAGUUUUAAAGCAUAAAGUCCCAGGUGGAAUGGAAACACGCUACAGUUGUUGUGAAGCAGCUGUAGGAACACCAGGAUGUCAAAUGGCAAAGCUACAUGUUCAUGAUGGCCAAAAAGAUAACCUUGAUGGGUUUAUAAAAACUUUUGUAAAACUUCAACCAUCGGAUGGAAAUCCUGGAAUAUUUUCAGUGGAUUGUGAAAUGUGUUACACGACUCAUGGUCUGGAACUUGCCAGAGUGACGGUGGUCGAUCCUAGCUUGCAGGUGGUUUAUGAUACAUUUGUUAAGCCUGAUAAUGAAAUUAUAGACUAUAACACCAGGUUAUCUGGUGUCACAGAAGAAAACCUAAAGAAUAUAACCACAUCCAUUAGAGAUGUACAGGCAAUUAUGCUCAACCUGUUCAGUGCAGAUACCAUCCUUAUAGGACAUGGGUUAGAGAAUGACUUGACAGCACUUAAGCUAAUUCAUGAUACUGUAGUUGAUACAUCAAUAGUAUUUCCUCAUAGAUUAGGCUUUCCUUAUAAAAGAGCCUUAAGAAGUUUAAUUGCUGACUACCUGCGUCGCAUUAUUCAAGAUAAUGUUAGUGGUCAUGAUUCAAGUGAAGAUGCUACUGCGUGUAUGGAACUGAUGAUCUGGAAAGUGAAAGAAGAUACAAAAGGACGAAGAUGAGUCUACAUUGGCUACAAAAGCACUUACCCUUUUCCUUAACGCAAAAG